CUCUCAUCAGUUAUUAACUGGUUCUGAUCUGGACUAGGCUCUCACUUUGUCGUGGGACGAUUUAGCUCCUGACAAAAUGUGCAUCAGAUAUCUUGGAUUCCUUCUUCUGAUUUGGUUUCCUGGAGGGCUGCGUGCACAAAGUGCAACACAGUCCUGUACUGCUCCCAGACUAGAUGGUGGUUUCUUUGUCCCAAAGCAAGAGACUUAUUCUGAUGGAACCACUCUGAGCUUUACCUGUAAUAACGGAUAUAAACUUGCAGUGAAGGGCUGGUGGGCAACAACCACAUGUCAAAAUGGUGCAUGGUCUCAUGAACCACAAUGUAUAGACGAAGAAGACUGCAUUGCACCAGAGAUACCCAAUGCAAAUUACACAACAAGCCCAGAUGUUUGGUAUAAGGAUGGACACGUAUUUAGGGUAACAUGUAAUAAAGGAUAUGAACCCAAAAACCGGGCUGCUACAACCAGAUGUAAUAAAGGACAAUGGACCUCUGUUGUAGUCUGUGAGAAAAGUUUCGAUUCCUGUGGUGAGCCCCCUCGAAUCCCCCAUGCUGUCAUCAAGCAUGAAUACAAGGAGGUGUUUGCUGCAGAUACACAAGUGUACUAUGAAUGUGAAGAUGGAUAUACUGUACAGGCAGCAGAAGACACAAAAUCCAUCUUUUGUGUGCAUGGAUUCUGGACUGAUGGUCCAACAUGCA